AUUUGUUUUCAUAUUUAGUUAGUACAUCUCGUUUAUAUAAUUAUUUUUGGAUACAUGGUUAUACUCUACAUUUGAUGCCUAUUUAUCCUCUCAGAUUUUUCCAUUUACAACGAAUUAUUUUCUAUUAGUACUUUAAUUUUUUGUAUAUGUAUAUUUAUCUACCUGAUACCUGUAUGGAUCAGUUAUUAAAUUUUUCAGAUGCCAGUAGUAAACGAGAUUUUGUCUAUUUUUUAAAUUAUUUUAAUAUAUAUCACCUUUGUAUAAUUAUUUGAUAUUGUAUCAUAAUGUAUUGGCAUCGUUCCUUCUGAUAUUUUAAUUUACUACCGCAAUACUGGCCGAUGGAUAAAAUUAAGAACCUCGUAAACUGUAAGAUUUAUAUUAUCGGGGAUGAGGAUACUGUAGUUGGAUUCCUCCUUGCAGGAGUAGGGAGCAAGGACGUACUGGGAAGAACAAAUUAUACUAUCGUAACGCCAAAAUUCACUAAAGCUCAAAUUGAGGAAGUAUUUAAAUUGUAUGUCUCCAGGGAAGAUUGCGGGAUAAUCAUCAUAAACCAGCACAUUGCAGAAAAAAUACGAACACUUUUGGACCUUCAUGAUAAAUUUGUACCAACGAUCUUGGAAAUACCAAGCAAAGAAGAGCCUUACGACCCAAGUAAGGACUCAGUAAUGCAGAAGAUAAAAGUCUUCUUUGGAGAAAAUAACUAG